AACAUGGUCCGCCAGACGCGUCUGCAUCCUCCGCAACCAUGGCAGAACCGAAACCCCUGAUGUAUGCGGAGCUGCUGGCCAACAUCCGCCAGAUCUCGGUCAUUGCGGCGCUCGAGACGCCCUGCCACUCCUCUACCAGAGUCGAGCUGUCAGCCGAUGGUCACCAAUUCACCCUCCACCACGAGGGAAAGACCACCGUCUUGAACCUUCCAGGCACGACCUCGCCCAACAUCCAGCUCCAGAAGCCAGCCCUCGGCGCCAAAGAGCUCUCGUGGCGGCUGCCCCUCGUCAGUGAACCUACGGCGUCGAGCGCAGAGAGCAGUGAUGCGCCUUGGCCCGCGAAGGAUCUGGAUGAGGAUAGUGAGUUCCGAUGUCGAAGUUGCGCAGAAGUUGUGGUAGGCAAGGGGAAGGUGACCGUGUGGAAAGACCUGCCCAGCGAGAACUGGGCAGACAUGAUGGACUUCUGGCAUUGCCAUAAACCUUCGGCCCCCGCCAACGGAGACCAUUCUCACGACGAGGCCUCGAGUAGAGGAUAUGGCGCGAAUACAAAGUUCACGGCCCAACCAACGGUAGGCUUCGUGGAUCUUACAACCUUCCUCCUGGCUGAGAGCGACUGUCGAGGAAUCGAGCCCAAGACCCCCGCAGAAGAAGCAUCUGCUGAAGUAUCCCAAUAUCAACCGCUCAUCUGCAAAACCUGCCACACCUACAUCGGCCACGUCGACCACGCCGCCGACGGCUACCGACUCUACAAAUGGCGUCUCCAAACCCUGACCCUGACCCAGAUCCACGAUGCGCCCAGCUCCACCUCCUACUACUACCAACCCUCCACCUCAUCCAUCAUCGCCUUUCAUCUGCAUUCCAUCCUCACCAACCAAUGCACAUCUCGUCUUCUUCUCAUCCCUCCUAAUUUUCGCCCUUCUCCCACUCCCACUCCCUCCCCCUCCCCCUUUCCGCUCCUUCUUCUUCAUCUCUGGAUCCUCACGCCUUUUCUCUCCUACAGCACAUCCACCUCUACCACCCCCUCUCCCUCCCCCUCCUCUCCCUCUCCCUCCAGCGCUAUGAAACUUUUCUACCGCCCCAUCCACCUCCCCUCCUCCUCCACCUCCUCCUCCUCCUCCUCUCCCUCCUCCUCCGCAAACGACGUCACCACACUCCUCACAGACCCAAGCAUCGACGAGGUCCAACUGCCCGCAGAUACAAUAUUCGAGAUUGAGCGGGCGCUGAGGGAGAGUAGACGCUUGUUGCCCGGUAGCAUGGCUGCGUUUAGAGGGUGGGAGGUGGGGCUUUUGGAACGGGGUUAG